AUGCCACCGAAAAAACUUAGUAACAAAGGCAGUAAUGCAUCGAAAGGUGGCAGCUUGAAAAAAGAGGUCAAAGGUGGUGUGGCCGUUAAAGUCAGACAUAUCUUAUGUGAAAAACAGAGUAAAGCUUUGGAAGCCAUCGAAAAGUUGAAAUCUGGAAUGAAGUUCAAUGAAGUGGCUUCCAAUUAUAGUGAAGACAAAGCCAAAUCAGGAGGUGAUCUCGGUUGGAUGAGUCGUGGUUCGAUGGUAGGAGCAUUUCAAGAUGCAGCAUUUGCUCUUCCAAUCAGUUCUGUAGAAAAGCCUGUAUAUACUGAUCCACCCGUAAAAACUCAGUACGGUUAUCAUAUAAUCAUGGUUGAAGCCAAGAAAUGA